AUGGCCGAGUCGUCCGGGCCGCGCUUCCUCCUGCGUGUGUGCGUGUUCCUCUUGCUCCUCAUCGCCACUCUCCUACAGCUCGUCUUCUUUGCCCGCUUGCCACAGAUCCGGAUGCACGUGGCUUACUGCAACGCCACGCUCGAGUCGCACGCGCUGCUGGCGCCGCCGUCGACGAGUGUGGAGCUCACGGCGCCAAUGAAAUUGCUGUUCCAGUCGCUGUUUGUGUCCCCUCGAGAGCUUGCAGUACAGCAAAAAGAAGAGGAAAAGAGACGGAAUCAGCACGCGACGGAAGCAGAGCUCAGGCAGACGGGGCGAGGCCAGGAGGAGGCUCGUCAAGGCGUGGGCGAGCCGUUUCAAGGUGAGAGAUUGGACGAGACGGAGGCAAAGAGGAAGCAGCAAUUGGACAGUCAAAUGGAAGCACGAGAGAGUGAGGAAUUGAUGAAGCUGCGCUCGGGCUUUUUUAGGCAGACGCAAGGACAGGGACAUGAAGCCAUUGGCUCGAAGGCUGCGUAUUGCAUUAAUGUGGUCACGCCGAGUGACUCGCCAGGAGUGUUGCUGGACUUUGAGCUGUAUUUGAAUGCUCUGCCGUCUUCUCGGCCAGUGUAUGCGUAUCGAGGCAAUGGGGUACAAGAGAACGAGCGGUUUAGUAACGGCAGACGUGAGCAACUGGACAUGCCCAUGUCUGUAAUUGACAUUUACUUGGAACGACAUCCUGUGGACAAGAAGUACUAUGCGAAAUUUCACGCGUCUAAGGGAAAGCCAAUUUGGUUGAUGCAAAACAUCGAGUUUUUCGAUCGACAUGAGCUUGAGAACCCUACAGUCGGCGUAAUGAUUGUCAAGAACCGCAUCGGGCUGAAGAAAGUACUCGAGUACAGGUACCGACAUCAGCUUUCAUACUCGGUGUUUUACACCAAGCACACAAGUCGCGACUUGUACCUGCCUGCCAUACAGCGCGAUUGGACGUCGUUUCUCCACCUCGCAGGCUGGAGUCCGUUUAAAAACACGCGAGUGAUUCUCGAGGCGUGGGCAUUGCAUCCUGAAUGGCCGCAACUCAUCCUUCGUGUCAUUAAAGCAGAUUUAUGCGUGUGGAUUGAGGACCGAUUCGGCGGCAAAGACUCGUGGCGACUCCAAAACGUGGACUACGCUUGUGGUUCACUACCUGCUGAAGAAAAAGACCAGUUGCAAAAUCGGAUUGGACUUCACUUGUGUCCGAGCGAGACAGAGGGGUUUGGCCACUACAUUAAUGAGGCUCGUAGUGUCGGCGCUCUUAUUCUGACAACAAACGUACCACCGAUGAAUGAGCUCGUGGACGAAAAGAACGGCGUGCUCGUAGGAGAGCCACAUGCUUGGUGGUGGCAGACGAAAGGAGACUUAUUUAUGCCGCUGGCAAAAGUGGAGAUAGCCGAUAUAGAGCGAGGUGUCGAGCAGAUUAUGCUACUUUCUAUGGAGGAGCGCCAACGUAUGGGCAGGCGCUCGCGCGCAAAGUUCCUCGAGGACCGUGCGUACUUCCUAAACGCUAUGACCGCAUUAGAAGAGAGUUUCUGUCAGGACGAGAUUCGGAUCGAGAAGCUACAGCCGUUUAUAUACUAG